AUGCCUGGUGAAACCGCUCCCCUUACUAUCUCUUCCCUUGAAAGCAUUGUGUUCACUAAUCAACUAAUAGUACAAGCAAUUAAAAGCCUUAAACCUUCCACUAGUACGGGACCGGAUGGCCUCGCUUCGAUAAUUUUCAAAAACAGUGGGUGUGAUAUACCCCUGUUACUUCUUAAAUUCUUCUCAAUAUCUAUGGACACUGGCACUUACCCUAGUGAGUGGAAAACUAGCUUCAUAAUUCCACAUUACAAAUCUGGUGAUAGGGCAAACGUCCGCAAUUACAGACCCAUAAAUAUAACCCCAGUUAUCUCACGAAUCAUGGAGAAAGUUGUAAAGGAUCAAUUGUCAGACUACCUAAUUAGGGAGGAUCUUGUUACAAGGUCUCAACACGGAUUUCUCAAAAAUAGAUCCUGCGUUACUUGCCACUUCGACUUUUUCAACUGCAUCACUAGUAAUCGCGAAGCACGUAAGCUAGUCGUUGUUCUAUACUUCGAUAUAUCUAGGGCAUUUGACAUGGUAUCUCACAGUAUUCUCUUUGAGAAGCUGUACUCUUGUGGAAUUCGCAACCCAUUACUGAACUGGUUAAAAUCAUUUCUAAGCAACAGGGUACAAAUAACCAAAGUUGGAUCUGUAUUGUCUCACCCUAGGCAAAUCUCAAGUGGGGUCGUGCAAGGUAGUGUCCUAGGUCCACUUUUAUUCACAGUUUACAUUAACAGCAUUUGCAAGUGCUUCACCUCAGGUAAACCAUUCCUAUAUGCUGACGACCUCAAAGUCGUCUACUCCUGCUACACUCAUGAAUUAAGCGAUAUGGUAGAUAAAAUACAUCUUGAACUAAGUAGCCUUGCAACGUGGUGUGCUGAAUCCUGCCUAAAUUUUAACAUUGACAAAUGCGGCUGGAUUUGUAUCGGCAACAGUAAGCUUGAUCUAAACCUUGAAAUAAAUGGGCGAAAACUAGCUAAGCUCAAUUCAGUCGUAGAUCUCGGUAUUAGAUACUCUAGUAACCUAACGUUCGCUGAACAGACUGAUUAUGCCAGACGUAAAACGCGUAGGCUGAUAGGAUGCAUAACACGCAAUUUCUUUUGUUGUGAAACUAGGGUUUUAUUAUACAAAGUAUGUGUCCGACCUAUCUUAGAAUACUGCCCGUUUAUUCUUAGCGGACUAAGACAAAAUGACAAGCUUAAAUUAGAGGGAGUGCAACGGCAGUUUACCUCAAGAACUCUUGGUUUAGAAAGUAGUCUGGAAUACCAUGAGAGAUGCGUAAGACUAAGAUUAGAACCCCUCUGGAAAAGACGCCUUAAGCUAAACCUAAUCUUUUACUAUAAGCUAACUAAUCUUCUCUUGCAUUCCUCCGAGCCAUUAACUAAACCUACCGCUGUCGUCAGUUACAAUCUUAGAAAUCAUCACAACCUAGCUGCUAUAGAGCACUGUCAGACUUACGUGCGGUACAACUUCUUCUUAAAUAAGUUUUCAGUCAUUUGGAAUAGACUACCAGCUAAUGUGCGCGAUGCAAACACACUUCCAGUGUUCAUCUCCUCAGUCACCAGACUGCUCAAAGAUGACAAUGCACUUAUACGUCUAACUCUUACACCCUCUUUUUCACCCUACAUAGAUAUUUUAAGUUGUUUAAAC